AUGUUCACAAGAGUCCUUUUUCUUGUUUUCCAGCUUGCUGAAAAAUCCUGGCCUUGCAGUAAGGCAGCUGACUCACUUCCAGUUCAACAAAAAAAUUUGGAAAUGGCCUCUGUAUCAGGCACUUUUGUGGGUCGAAGCAUACCAGUCGAAGUGGAUGAAUCCAUGCCAUGGUCCCAGUUACCUGAACAUGUCUUGGAAAAGGCUUUGCAGCCUUCUGGAGAGGAUAUGAAGGAUGAGGAGGGCCAGAGCCCAUGUGUUGCUCGAACACCUCAGGCCAGCACAUCUUGCCUUUGCAGAGCACCAGCACAUCAUCAUUCAGCAUUGUCCAUGGAGCCAGACAGCAGCUUGUGGUCAAAAUAUACUGAUCCUGAUGGAGAUGGAUGCUUCUGUUCCCCUGGUGAAUCAAUAGCAGGAGCAUUUCCCUCGAAGACACAUCCUAUAGCUAUGGACAAACCAGGCAUGCAGCCAAGAUCACAGCUUUCAGCUGACACCAGGCAUAACUCCAGUAAAUCAGAACAGAUCUUGUCUGAUGUUCCCGAGGACUCGCUGGAGGAGAGCAGCCAAGGGAGUUCACAGUCACAGCAACCCUCAGGAAACAGACUCCUGGCAGAGCUGGGCACUGUAGAUACAGGGUACAAUUCCCAGUCACAGGACGUGAUGGGCCUCAGGCAUCUGGAGCCCCCCUUACCACUGGUGUCUGUGCUGAACCCCCAGGACCUCCCAGGACCACUGAUCUCCAGAGAGUUUUUGGGGCCUGAGCAUCAGCAGUGCCCUAUGUGCCAGCACCUGCCCCAUCCCAACAGCCCUUCGCAAGCCCACGGCUGCUUCAGGCACUGCUGCCUGGGACAGCAGCCCCCACAGGGCCCAUAUGGCAGAGCUCCUUACCAACAUUUUGCAGAGCCAUCACAACCACUUCCUCCUGUUCCUGGACCUUGCAUGAGAGUUAUCCGCCCGGCCCAGCAAGUGAUCCCGAAUUACUCAAACCUUCGUGCUCCCAAGGGCACUGGAGUUCGACCACCCCAGAGGACAUGCUCCUCCCCUGGUCCUCCUCGAUUCCCAAACCAGCUGUACAACCACCUACCUAAUGGUCAGCUGCCCCCCAAGGCAUGUGGCCCGGAUGAAGCAUGUGGUUGUCCUUCUGACAAUUUUCCAUCUCCAGCUGCUGUCCCGAGACCUCUCAGUAACCCUGCAGCCAAGGGAACUCUGAGAACCAGCAAUCUGCCAGAAGAGUUGCGCAAGGUCUUUAUAACCUACUCAGUGGAUACAGCAGUGGAGGUUAUGAAAUUUGUGAACUUCCUGUCUGUAAACGGAUUUCAAACUGCUAUUGACAUCUUUGAGGACACGGUACGAGGUAUUGACAUCAUUAAGUGGAUGGAGCGCUACCUAGGUGAUAAGACGGUGAUGAUAAUCAUAGCAAUCAGUCCAAAAUACAAACAGGAUGUGGAAGGGGCUGAAUCCCAGCUGGACAGGGAUGAACACGGCUUACAUACUAAAUACAUCCACAGGAUGAUGCAGAUCGAGUUUAUACAGCAAGGAAGUAUGAACUUCAGAUUCAUCCCUGUGCUUUUUCCAAAUGCCAAAAAGGAACAUGUGCCUACCUGGCUGCAGAACACUCACAUUUAUAACUGGCCAAAGAAUAAGAAGAACAUCCUUUUGCGGUUACUGAGGGAGGAGGAAUAUGUUGCUCCUCCAAUAGGACCUUUACCAACACUCCAGGUUGUGCCACUAUGAACAUUUUAACUUAAAGCACAUGACGAGUGGUUGUUAAAGGGUUGUUCCUGGCACGGAGCCAACACUCUUCCAGAUGGCUCUUUUUGAUGACAGAAGACACUCUUUCUGCUAAAGGAAUUGGUUGUCUUGGGUUACUCAGGCUCAGCUUGUUCUCUACCAUGUUAAACAUCUAUUUCCAAAGCUGAUGGGGCAGAACUCUCUUCUCUAGAUUUUUAAAUAAGCUACAAAUGGAAAGAAUGCCCACUUUUAUUUUAACAUCUGGUUUUAACAUAUUCCUUUUAUUAGUCAUUAUAGCAAACAAAUACCGGAAAUAAUGUUGCAGUAAGUGUAAAAUAAAAAUUACACCCUCCUUUUUGCUCAGGGUUUCUUUAAAGGUAUUCCUGCCUUUUAUAGCAUUAUCAAACCAUUAAUUUGUAUAUGCACUAUUAAAUAUAUUUGCCUUUUGUAAGGCAACCUUA